CUUUUAAACGCGAGAAGAAUUUUAAAGUUUAACGAAGAAUAUUUAUUAAAUACUUAGUUUAAAAAAGCAGAGCAGCGACUGCAUUUGACUUCUAUCUAACAGAUACCACAAAGCAGCAAAAAAAGUAUCUAAACAAACAUGAAAAUAAUACAAUUUUUCAGAUUCAGUUACUUACGAGCGGUCUUUUGGUUUAAAACGUUUUGUUUCAUGUAGCGGGUAAAACGAAAAGUGCGCAAGCGCGUUUGUCGGUUACAUUUCAAAAAAAAUAUUAAUACAAAUAAUUUUCCACAAAAAAGAAAUAAUAAUUAAAAACUAUUAAAACUUCUAAACUAAAUUUAAUGAAACUAAUAUAACUUAUAUAAAAAAACAACAACGAAUUAUUUUAAAGUGAAAAUAUAAAAUUAAGUAAAAAUAAAAUAAAACGAAUUUUAAAAAUUAAACCCACGAUUUUUUUGUUAAAGAAUAUAUAUAGAAAAAUUAAAUAAAUAAAUGAUUGAUUAAUUGAUUGAUUUAAGCAAUAAAAUUUCAAUUUAUUGUUAAGUAUAAAUAAAUUAUGGAAAAUUUUGAAACAUAAUUAAAAAAGAAAAUUAAAUUAUUAUCAAAACAAAUUGAAAAAAAGAAAUUUCUAAAAAAAAAGAAAAGCAAAACCUAAUUGUUUAACAAAUUUUAUUGGCUGCAUUUUAGCCAUCAGUUAAGAAAAAACAAAAUUUAAUGCUAAUUUUGUUACAAUUUUGUUAGCCACAAACUAAAACGAAAACAACACAGAAAAAAAAAACUAAAAUUCUGGUUUUCUCUAAUUUCUUAAGAAGUUUGACUGGCGUCUUUUUGGUUUGUCACAAAAGUAAAAACAAUCAACCAGCCCACCACCUGUUCUAAUGCGCUUUAUUUUGGCAACUUUUCAAACGAUCGCAUGAGCAACAGCGCACGCAAAUAACGUGUAAGUCAUUGAUGAUCUCUGGGCGAUAGUACAAAGGUUGUUUUUUGUGCAGCACACACAGUUACAUAUAACGACAUUCUUACUAGAUUAAAUAUGUACAACAGCAACAAUAACAAAAUAUAAAUAUUUCUAGGUCUUCAAACGUACGCAUUCAGGAUUUCCAAAAGAAAACACAACCCAAAAGAAAAUGAAAAAGGAACAACAACAACAGCAACAAGAAAAUUGUUGAACACCACAAAUGACAGCCAUGUUAAUUUAUGCAAUUGCAUUACAACAACUAAUUGACAAUUCUAAACAAGUCGUCAUUCAAAGACAACACGUUCCUUUGCCUCACUAGCUGACUGGCUGGCUGGCUGGCUAACUGCUGCAACAAAAAGAAGCAAAACAUUAAAAACCCAUAAAACUACAAAAAAAAUUUACCACCAAAAUUUAAGCAGCCGCAUUUUGUUGAAACCAAAAGCAAUUAAAACAAAAACCCUCGAAUUUAAAGUUUAUUAACACCAAUUUAUUUUUCCUUACUUAAUACGAAACGGAAAUCCAUAAAAGGGCUUGAGUAUUUCAUUAUUUGUUAAGUUAGUGGCGACACUAACUCCACUGCUUCCUCUCUGGCCCUUUAAAAAUAAAAACAAAAACAUUCACAAUGGACUCACGCAUCGGCCUGGAUUACAUUGUCGAAAAUCGUGAUUAUAUUUCGAAAUUAGGCACCGCUUUGGAUACAAACAAUGUUGUGGUUAAGAAGCAAGUCUUCGAAUUACUAUCAGCUUUAUGUGCGUAUAAUGCCGAUGGUUAUGCUCGUGCCAUAGAAACAUUAGAAUAUUAUAAGAAUCUCAAAAAUGAAAGAUAUCGCUUUAAAAUAGUUAUCAACGAAUUGGAAAAAACAACAACGAUUGAAUAUCAAGUUGCCCUUUUGGCAUUUAUUAAUUGUGUGAUCAUUUCGGCAGCAACGCUACAAGAUCGCAUUAGAAUACGAAAUGAAUUUAUAGGUCUAAAAAUACUUCCACUAUUAAAUAAUUUAAGAAAAGUUGCACAAAGUGUAGGAGAUAUUAUUGUACAAUUGGACGUAUUCGACGAGCAAAGAGAAUGCGACGAAGCACAAAGCCUACAGGGCCCAAAUGGCAUCAACCUAAACUCACAUCUUGACGUCUUCUAUGCAAUAUUACGACAGGUGGCCGAUACACCACAGGAAGUGCCAUUCCUUAGUAUACUACAGCAUUUACUGCGCAUUGAGCCCAAAGAACCAGUCAGUGAUGUUAUUUGGGACACAACGGAAAAGCUAGUUCACCGUGCUACUCUACUCGAAAACCAUGAAGACUCUGUGCGUUUGUUGCGCACGACUACAGCUCAGAAAUUCACAUGUCAAAAUUGUCGCAGUGAUGCAACAAGCCCAACACGUAAACCUAAUGGUCCCAUAGCUCCACCUCCGCCACCACCACCCGCACCAGCUCCACCACCACCUAGCUCUAUAAAUGCUGGCAAGGGAGCCCCACCACCGCCUCCUCCACCUAUGAAAAUGUGCAAUGGACCACCACCACCACCCAUACCCGGAGCACCACCGGCUCCACCGCCUGGCGGUAAAUUGCUAAGCGUUAAGAACAAUUCCAUGCCAGCUCGUUCUCUGACACCCGAACCCCGCGUCAAUGAUGUUUUGUUGCCACAACAGGACACGCCAGCGCCCAAGGCGAAAAUGAAAACUUUGAAUUGGGGCAAAAUACCGCCCCACAAAGUUUUGGGCAAACAGAAUCUAUGGACCAUAGUGGCAAAUAAUCAUCAGGAUAAUUCUAUGGAGGAUUUGGACUGGAAUGAAAUGGAAGGUUUGUUCUGUUUGCAAUCGACUAGCACCCAAGGAUCCCCCAAAUUGGGACGAGCCGAUAGUGGUAAUGGCAAUAGCGGCGGUUAUGACACAUUAGAUCGCAAGUCGAAGAAGGAGAGUACAGAAAUUAAUCUGCUGGAUGGUAAAAGAAGUCUCAAUGUAAAUAUAUUCCUCAAGCAAUUUAAAGGUUACAAUUCCAAUGAAGACAUUGUUCAGCUAAUACAAGAUGGCAAUCAUGAGAUUAUAGGCUCGGAAAAACUAAGAGGUCUAUUGAAAAUAUUACCCGAAGUUGAUGAGAUCGAUUUGCUGAAAACAUUUAAUGGUGAUCGUCAACGUUUGGGUAGAGCGGAAAAGUUUUUGCUGCUUCUAAUGGAGGUGCCAACCUACAAAUUACGUAUUGAGAGUAUGUUGCUCAAAGAGGAAUUCGCCGCAAAUAUUACAUAUCUAGAUCCUUGCAUAAAUGCCAUGAUUGAGGCUGGUGAUGAUCUUAUCAACAAUAAAACCUUACAAGAAGUUCUGUAUAUAGUGGUGGUAGCGGGUAAUUUCCUUAACUCCGGUGGCUAUGCCGGCAAUGCUGCCGGUGUUAAGCUCUCAUCUUUAACCAAAUUGACCGAUAUACGAGCCAAUAAACCGGGUAUGAAUCUCAUACAUUUUGUUGCCAUACAAGCGGAAAAACGUAAUCCUGCCCUAUUGAAUUUUACCAAUGAGCUUAGUAAUUUAGAAAAUGCCUCCAAAACCAAUGUUGAGCAGAUCAGUAUUGAUAUCAAGAAUCUGGAUACUCAGUUGCAAAAGAUUAAAAAACAAAUCGAAUUACCCAACACCGAUGAGGAUAUCAAAGAGCAAAUGAUGGAAUUUAUACAAAGUGCCGAGAGUGAGAUAGCGGUGCUUAAGUCUGGCAUGGAUGCGGUCGAGACGAUGCGUUUGAAAUUGGCCGAUUUCUUUUGUGAGGAUCCGGCCAGUUUUAGACUGGAGGAAUGCUUUAAGAUCUUCCAAACUUUCUGUGAUAAAUUCAAGCAAGCGGUUAAGGAAAAUGAACGACGCCAACAGUUGGAGGAACAGGCCACUUUGAGGCAAAAGCAAAGGGAGGAACAGUUAGCCAGAAGAGCUAAAUAUGCCAAUCAAAACGGUACUCCCAAUUCCGAUUAUGAGAAUCAAUAUUCCCUGGACUCCUCGUUUGAUCCCAGAGCUAGUCCCGCUUUGUCGCGCAAGCGUUUUGGUUCUUUCAACAAUGGCAACAUGGAAAUCAAUAAUAGUUUUAUACGUAUGGAGGCAGCAAAUGGUAACUGUGAUGGCAUGUCUCCAGACAUUACGCCCAACGGCAGUAUGAGACGACGCAGAAGUCGUGUCAUGGCCGAGGAAGAUGAUCUUAUGGAGUUCCUAAGAACUUCAGGUCAUGAGCGCAAUAGUCGAGAGCGUAAAGCAGCCUAUGGAAGUUUGGAUCGUUCUUGGGCUCGUCGCGCCCGUUCUGGUAGUUCUAGUCGUAAACGUCCCGAAUUGUUAAAUAUUGACUUUGGUGCGGAUCGGGAAAGAGCCGCUUCGCCCUUACCAAUUAAUGUGCCAGAAAAGUCAUCGCCAUUAUCGCCCAGUAAUGGGGAAAUUGUACAGCCAGCUCAAGAUGAAACAAAACCAAGAAUAUCUCGUGAAUGGCGUCAAAAGAUCGAAACCUGGUUACAAUCGAACGAAAACGAUGAAAAACAAGACGAGGAAUACAAACGCAAGCGACGUUUGGUUAACAUCAAUAGGCGUUCGCUUGAAAACGAAUCGGAAAGCGAACGAAAGUUGGAUACAUUGCCUGAAGAGAAAUUUGUACCAACCACACCUAAUCCUUGUACUAAUGAUACUAACAACACUAACAACAGCAACAAUAGUCAGUCUAAGGAUGGCUAUAAACGUGUUUAUCCCGAUUGGAAACCUUCCAAGACCCUAGACACCGAUGUUGUCGGUACCAUACAAGCCAUAGCAGAUGUUAAUAACGCUCGUGAAAAUUCGCACAAGCAAAGGGAAAAGCCCAGCAUAACGGAAUCGGAUGGAAUUCUACCAACAAAAUUGUCAGAUAUUGUGAAUAAUGUUUCCGCAAACGAUGAUGUUGUCUAUAGAAGACAACGUUCCACAGAGAACAAUGCUACUCAACUCGAGUCCAUAGCAGAAGAAGAUCGACGCAAGUCUCUCAUACAACAACUGGGCGAACGAGAUGCUACCGAUCGUUUGAAAAUCUAUAUACGUUCUCCUUCCACCAUGGACAAGGAGCCAAGCACAAAUAAACAGCGUUUAACGGCUGUCGAUAACAUAAAAUCUCCAACCUCGACUUACGAAGUCGCCGCCCCAACAGCUAGUAGUACCAAAGUUAAUGCCGAAAAUCAUCUUAAGUCUCCCCUAUCCAAAAAUCGUACAACCAAUAGUCAACAUAAAUUCAACUUUGACGAUGUACACAAUGAAGUCAGUAAAUUGGAAAGCAAUACCUCAAAUACCCACAAUCAAACGAGUCACAAAACAGCAACGAGCUCAAAUCGCCAGGAAAUUGAUGCCGAUAAUAUUGAAACACCACCAGUAACACGAAGAAUCAUAUCUAGUCCCACUACCACUCUGGUAACAGUCAAUAGAACGGAGCCAACGGCCAACAAAUGCAACAAAGAAGUAACGGAGAGUAAUAAUGAUUUGGAAGGCGCCGAGAUAACGGGACACUUUGAUCGUUAUUCUAUGGCUAGACGCACAAGACGUUAUAAACGUCCUACCGAUUACAGCAGUGGAAAUGAGGACUUAACUUCUACCAAAGAUUCAAGUGAGGAAAACUCCUUAACACAAUUAGCUAAGAACACAGAAACCCAAAAAUCUCAAACCAAAUGCGAAGACAAGCCAUUAGCCACAACAGCCUUGACGGGGGACAAGGUGGGCGAAACCAAGGGCAAGCGUACAAAUAUCUCAGCUAAAACUAUAACCAAAUUGGAGAAGGUGGGACGUCAUAUAAGUUCGAUCAAUCAGGAGGAUGUGCAGGAAGCUUUAAGAAAUCUCAAAUCACCCACAGACUGUCCGGAACGCUUAUGGAGUCCGCCACGAGAGAUCAUUGCACAACGAAACCCCACCACCACCACCACAGCCAAUGGUACUACUCUAAUCAAAAUAUCAAAUCAUCAUGAGCUUAACGAUGAAGGUUUUGAGGAAACCCAAAGUCUAGUCUCCGACACACCCUCUCAUGGCAAAGAAAGCACAAAUUCUUCUUGUAACGAGGUAAAUGAGUUGCCCAAACUAACACAAAAGUCCAUGUCACAAAAAACCACACCCAUACAAAAGAUUUCCAGCCGUUUGGCGGAUAGACUACAAAUAUCAAGACUACGCUCAGCAUCUUCCUCCUCGAAGUCACAACCUUCCACAGCCGCAUCCUCACCUCGCAGAACGGCCUCUUCGGUAGAUCGCUCUCGAACGACACGCAUGCCUAAUGGUCAAGUUAUGCAGGGUCCUGCCAGCUCUACAGCGGCAGCCCAUAUGAGUAAUUUCACCAAUAAUGCCAUAAGAAGAGCCACCUCCAUGCGCAAGACCAUAGCCAACUCAGAGCCUUCAUCGUCCUCCUCGGGCUCCACGAAACGUGAUGUAGAACGCAGUAGUUCUCGCAACAGUUUACGUUCAUCACGCUCCUCCAUCAAUAGCGGCGCCUCCACACAAACAGUCAAACGCAUGCCCAUUGGAAGUAGCAGUUUAAAUAAGUCACCCCUACAAACAGUAUCCGUUGAUUCCUCACCCAGUAAACGUCCCCUAAGCACACAGAAUCUACGCAACAAUCCCAGUCGUUUAGCUGGCUCAGCAGGUGGUGUGCCAGCAAGUCGUUCCAGCUCCAGUGGUUCCAGUGUAGGUCCCAAUAUUGUGGUGGUGCGCCGUCUCAACUCUUCAACGCCAAAUGCCCAUGCGCGUCAUACGUCCAGCUCAAAUUUGGGCAGCACUAGUUUUAAGGAAAAUCAAACAAACGUUGGCUCAGCAGCACGUUCUCAAACAGCCCGCAGCGCUUUAAUGGUUAAGGCUAAUGUAGGCAAUCCACAAAAUACGACGAGAUCGGUAACUUCACGCAGUAGUUCUAGUACCAGAGGUGUUAGCAGUUUUAUGAGACCCACUGCGGCAAGUGCCACAAAACGUACUAAAUAAUAGAAUGAGGGAAGGGGGGCGGCGAAAUAAAAAGUAUACGUUCAAAUACAUUCCAAAAAAAAUAAAUAAAAAAUAAAAACCUAAUUGAGAUUAGAAAUAGUCAAGUUAUUAUUAAAAUAAAAUCAGAAAAAUAAAAUAAUUAAAUGUUAAAGUAUUUUUGUUGAGGUUUAAAUAGACAUACAUACAUAUUUUUUGAAUAAUGUUAAAAGAAAAUUAAAGGAACAAGAAGUAGGGAAAUCCUUGAUAUUUGGGAGGUUUAAGAAGUUCUAGUCUAUCGGGACACCAAAAUUUGUAUUUUUUUUUUUCAUUCAAAUGUUUUAUUUCUCUUAUCUUGUCACUAUUCUUUAUCACAGUUUGUCCAGAAAAAGGAAUUUAUAGAUUGAGAGCUUCAUUUAUUUACUUAUCAAAAUCCGGUGCCCCAGAAUCAGAGAUUUCAAAAAUGCUAAAAAGCUAAACUUUUAUUCGAUACUAUUCCCAAAAUCUUUAUGGAUUCAAAUACUUAAUUUCUUAAAAACAAAAGCAAUUCCAAUACCAAAUCAAUAAUUAAAUGUUUUUACUAUAAGUAAGUUGAAUUUAAAUUGAAAUAAUAGAGAAUUUACUACAACCAAAUAAAUACAAAAUCAAAUCAAAUAAAAUACCUUAAUAAAAUACAACAAAAAAACGUCCUUAAAUCUUAAACAAAAAUCUAAAAUAAAUAAAUUCAAAUUUAAAAAUAAUAAAACCGUCCAAAAUUUAAAAAAAAAGAAAAAUCUUAAAUCUAUAAAAAAAAAUAUUUCAACAAGGCAAAAAUUAAAAAGAUAUACAUAUUUGAAAGAAUAGUAGCAAUAGAUCAUCCAAAGUAACUCCCUUAAAUAAAAACAAAAACCCACAAAUAAAUAUACAUGUAUAAAUAUAUUUUUAUAUAGAACCAGUAGCAAAGUAGAACCUAAAACCUCGAAUAAAUAUUAAUAAAGAAAAACACAAUAAUGCCUUAAAUUAUGAAAAUUCAAAAAUUUGUUUGAUAUUGCAAAUUUUUUAAAAAACAAAACAGGGUUUCAAAAACCAUUUUUUUGACAAACAAAAAACAAUAAAAAUCAAAGAAAAUUUAAAGCAAUAUUGUGUGUUUUCUUUAGACCCCUUAAACGUUUUAAUAAAAGUAGUAUAUAUUAAUAUAAAAACUAAAACAAAUGUUUUUAAAAAUUUAAAACUAAAUGUUUGAUAGGAAAAUAAAAUAAAAAAAAAUGGUGCCUAUAAACACCAACAAGUCACAAAUUUUUAAAUAAUUUAAAAAAAAAAACAACAACAGGCAAUGUAAACGAAAUCAAAAAUGUUUGAAAUUCAAAUAAAAAAAAACAAAUAUUGACAAUUUUCUUCAAUAGAAUUGAAACCACACACACACUCUCUCUCUCACUCUCUCUCUCUGAAUCUUUUUUAUAAAAUAAUUUUACACAAAUAUUACUAAAUAAAUCUUUUUUCUAGAUUUACCUACAUAUAAAUUACAAUACUUAACUACAAUUAAUAUUUAAAAUAAUGUAUUUAAUAAUAUUUUAAUUUUAAUACAUACUAAUUUAUAACUAAUUUUAUAAAAUAAGUUUCUUUUAAUUAAUAAUUAUUAAAAUAUAAAUUAAACUUAAACCAUUAACAUAAAAUUAAUUUACUUAGUUAUUUAAGUAAAUUUAAACUUUAUAAAUAGUUAAUAAUUAAUUAAUGUUAUUAAAUAAUAAUAAAUAAAAAACUGACAUUAACAAACCACAAUGUUAACAACAAAAAUCUUCUAUAUUAUUUUAAUUUAUUGUUUUUUUAUAUGUUUUAUUAUUAUUUUUUUUAUUAUACAUAAUUAAAUAAUACAUAAUAUACGAUUAAUUAUCAUUAUUUUUUUUUUAUUAAUUUGUAUACUUCAAAAUAAUAUUACAAAAUUUAAGACGUUAUAAACAAAUAAAAAUAAAAAUCAUAUGAGCAAAAAAAAAUAUUAAAUAAAAUAAUAUGAAAUAAAAAAAUAA